GCCGCUUCCGGCGACCGAUCGUCCGCCCGCCGGCCGCCAUUUUACGAGCAACGCGGUGCGGAGGAGGAGAGGGGGGCGGGUAGGAGUCCGGAGCUUGGAGAGGGGGUUUCUAGUCGGUGCCGGCUCUGCAGCAGCCCGAACGAUAUUAUACAUCCGUUAAUUCAUUUGUAUGGUGUGUUUUUUUAAAGAUAGAUUUAAAAAAAUAAUCAGCAAACAAUGUCGGGUGAAGCGAACACGGAGCAGGCUCCAGAGUAUGUUCCUGAAAAAGUGAAGAAGGCAGAAAAGAAAUUAGAAGAAAAUCCAUAUGACCUUGAUGCUUGGAGCAUUCUCAUACGAGAGGCACAGAACCAACCAAUAGACAAAGCGCGGAAGACCUAUGAGCGACUUGUCACACAGUUCCCAAGCUCUGGCAGAUUCUGGAAGCUAUACAUUGAAGCUGAGAUAAAAGCCAAAAACUACGACAAAGUUGAAAAGUUGUUUCAGCGAUGUCUUAUGAAGGUUUUGCAUAUUGACCUAUGGAAAUGUUAUUUGGCUUAUGUACGGGAAACUAAAGGGAAACUUCCUAGUUACAAAGAGAAGAUGGCCCAAGCUUAUGAUUUUGCCUUGGAUAAAAUUGGCAUGGAGAUUAUGUCUUACCAAAUUUGGGUUGAUUACAUUAACUUUUUGAAAGGAGUGGAAGCUGUGGGAUCCUAUGCAGAGAACCAAAGGAUAACAGCAGUUCGUCGGGUGUAUCAGCGAGGCUGUGUCAAUCCUAUGAUAAAUAUUGAGCAGUUAUGGCGAGAUUAUAACAAAUAUGAAGAGAGCAUUAACAUCCACCUGGCCAAGAAAAUGAUUGAAGAUCGGAGCAGGGAUUAUAUGAAUGCUCGCCGAGUGGCAAAGGAGUAUGAGACUGUCAUGAAAGGUCUGGACCGCAAUGCGCCAUCGGUCCCGCCACAGAACAGCCCUCAGGAAGCACAGCAGGUGGAAAUGUGGAAGAAGUAUAUCCAAUGGGAAAAAAGUAAUCCACUUCGCACAGAAGACCAAACACUAAUCACUAAGCGAGUUAUGUUUGCUUAUGAGCAAUGUCUUCUGGUCUUGGGGCAUCAUCCUGACAUCUGGUAUGAAGCUGCACAGUACUUGGAGCAAUCCAGCAAGCUGCUAGCAGAAAAGGGGGACAUGAACAAUGCAAAACUGUUCAGUGAUGAAGCUGCAAAUAUCUACGAGAGGGCCAUCAGCACUUUGCUAAAGAAGAACAUGCUGCUUUACUUUGCAUAUGCAGAUUACGAAGAAAGUCGGAUGAAAUAUGAAAAGGUGCACAGCAUAUACAAUCGUCUCUUGGCUAUUGAAGAUAUCGAUCCAACGUUGGUUUACAUCCAAUAUAUGAAAUUUGCACGAAGAGCGGAGGGCAUCAAAUCCGGUCGAUCCAUAUUUAAGAAAGCACGGGAAGAUCCCAGAACACGCCAUCACGUUUAUGUGUCUGCUGCCCUCAUGGAGUACUACUGCAGUAAGGACAAGGCAGUAGCCUUCAAGAUAUUUGAGCUUGGUUUGAAGAAGUACGGCGAUAUUCCAGAAUAUAUAUUGGCGUAUAUUGACUACCUUUCUCAUUUAAAUGAGGACAACAACACCAGGGUUUUGUUUGAACGUGUCCUGACAUCUGGAUCCUUGCCACCUGAGAAAUCUGGAGAGAUCUGGGCACGAUUUCUGGCUUUUGAAAGUAACAUCGGCGACCUGGCCAGUAUUCUGAAAGUGGAAAAGAGGAGGUUUGCUGCUUUUAAGGAAGAAUAUGAAGGAAAGGAAACGGCGUUACUGGUGGACAGGUACAAGUUCAUGGACCUGUUCCCCUGUUCAAACAGUGAGCUUAAAGCUCUUGGAUAUAAGGAUGUCUCUCGAACCAAGCUGACGGCCAUUAUCCCAGACCCCAUAGUGACGCCCUCCACCGUAACCAUAAUGAAGGACGAGAUAGACCGAAAGCCGGAGUAUCCCAAACCUGACACAAACCAGAUGAUUCCUUUCCAACCCCGACACCUGGCACCACCUGGUCUCCAUCCUGUCCCAGGGGGAGUGUUCCCUGUACCCCCAGCUUCUGUCCUGCUUAUGAAAUUGUUACCACCACCAACGUGUUUCCAGGGGCCAUUUGUUCAAGUUGAUGAACUAAUUGAAGUUUUGCGACGCUGCCAGUUACCAGACACUGUUGAACAAGCUGUUGAACUGAUCACUGGAGGUCAACCAGAAACAGUUGCUGAAGGAAAUGGACCUAUAGAGAAUGAUGCAGUGAUGAAAAAGCCCUUAAAGAGGGCAGCAAAUGAAGAUUCCGAUGAAGAGGAGGAAAAGGGAGCAGUGGCACCUCCCGUGCAUGACAUCUACAGAGCUCGCCAGCAGAAACGAGUCCGAUAAACAUCCACCAGCAGCUGUUUCAUGUCUUGAAGGAACUGAAUGUCAUUCUUAAGCUGUCGAGAAAUGAGCUGUGUCUUCACUUGCCUGUGGAAAUGAGACUGUGCUUUCACUGUUGUGCCUCAUUCGAGUAAGAUAGCUCAUCUGGACAGAAAAACCUGGCUUCUUCUGUGCAAAAGGUUGCAUUUUUGAAGAGGCUUUCGUUUGGGCAGAAUAAAAAACUUUGGUAUUGAACACCAGACACUGCACCCACACACAGCCAGUACAAACAUUUCAACUGCAAUCUAGUUCCAUGCAAGUCUGCUAUUACAAUGCAACUUGUGAAUCUUUGUGAUUUUGUUUUACUUGUCUGUUUCAUUUUUUAAAGAAAACUGGAUGGUGCAAAUACAAGGGAAGGUAUUUUAAUAUCCCACAGAACUAUUAACACCACAGUCCUGUUAUGUCAUGUGGUUUCCUGCCAAGUCUCAUUUUACCAUUAUUUAUGGCAACCUGUUUCCUUUUGUAAUUUGAGAGCCUGAACACAAUUUGUAAUAAAGACAUAAAAUGCAUUUAAAUUCAGACUCUUGCUUUAUUGCAAAGACACUGAGACUCUCUCCCAUGUUUAUAUGUCUUUAAACAGCAGGCAGAGCCGGGUAUUGUUAGAAAGCAAAUGAACGUUUUAUUAAGU